UCUUUAACCGGCUCGGCUCGCGACGGUUCCAAUCCGCAACGGUCUGUUCCCCAAGAUGGCGGCGUGUUCCCACCAGCGGGUGGACAGCGGGGCGCCAGACACCGACUCCGAGCUAGGCCCCGGCACCGGCCCCGCCGACACAAUGGUGGACGAGCUGCCGGCCCUGACGCCGCAGGAAAUCGAGCUGCGGCUGCAGAGAACCCGCAAGGAACUGAGCAACAGGAGGAAGAUCCUGGUGAAGAACCUGCGGUCGGACAGCAGCAACCAGGAAAUACAUGAAUUGCUGAAAGAUUAUGAAUUGAAAUAUUGCUAUGUGGAUAAGAACAAAGGAACGGCUUUUGUUACUUUGCUGAAUGGAGAGCAAGCAGAGAACGCCAUUUGCAAAUUUCACAAGUCCAUUUUCCAGGAAAGAGAGAUAACUGUUCAACUGCAAUCUACGGAUAGCUUGCUCUGCGUUACUCAGCUGCCCCUUUCCUAUACACAACAACAGUUUGAGGAUCUGGUCCGUCUACAUGGAAACCUGGAGCGGUGCUUCCUUGUUUAUAGUGAGACCACUGGACAUUCAAAAGGUUAUGGUUUUGUGGAAUACAUGAAGAAGGAUUCUGCUUCUCGAGCUAAAUCUGAACUUAUGGGCAAACAGCUAGGAUCUUGCAUCCUAUAUGUUCAGUGGACAGAUGCUGAUCAACUGUCAUCUGAUUUCCUUCAUUCAAAGUGCCUUUGCAUCGAUAAAAUUCCCCAUGAUUACAAAGACUCAGAGGAGCUGACGCAGUUCUUCUCACAGAUGUUUAAACCAGUUUUCUGUCAGCUUGCCCAAGGCUCAGGUAGCCAUCCUUCUUUUGCAGUAGCUGAGUACGAGACUGCUGACCAAACUGAAUUAGUUCAGCGAUCUGCUAAUGGAAUGCUUAUUGGGGGCAGCCAUGUCCAUAUUUCAUUUUGUGCUCCGGGGCCUGCAGGACGCUGUACUCUGGCAGCACUUAUUGCCGCCCAGAGGUUGUUGCUAAAUAGCAGAAAGGGCCUUCUUCCUGAACCCAACCCUUUGCAAUUCAUGAACACCCUGAGUAAUCCUGCUGUAUUGCAGCUGCUACUGAGACCUAACUUCAAUGGACAAGCUGGCAAAAAAAGUAUGCUGGGGAAUACUUUGGGUCUGCCAACUUUGCAGAAUCCUGCACUGACUGCGGCCCUACUUCAAAUAAAUCAAGCACAACAGAAUGCUGCAUUAGGAAAUGGAUUGUUUCAGAAUCUACUGCGAAUGCAAGUGGCACAACAACAACAACUGCUUUUGAACAAAGAGAAUCCAGCAAUCAACAAUAAGUCCAGUUUACUCGGAGACCCCUCCAUAUUGCUUCAGGGAGUAAUGGGAAUUGGACCAACUAUGACAACUAAUCCUGGGAAAGGGAUUUUGGCUGAACCACCAACGGGUAUUCCAAUUUCUGCAUUUAGUGCUGAAUUUGCUAAAGCCCAGCCACAAUUGGGAACUUUGCCAUUUUGCUCCAAGUUCUUGGGACAACAUGUGACUGAGCAGAAAGCCCUCUUGGAAAACCCAAAUCUGCUCCUAGGGCCAUUUCCACUCUCUGCUCCUAUUAGCCACUCUCAUCUUCAAGGCAGUCCCAAUUUUGCUCUGGGCAAUUUAUUGGCCUGCCACCAAAAGCAGCAAACUCGGCCAACUUCUAUGAAUGGGACUUUUUGGAAUGCUGCAGUGGGCAACCAACCGUCAUUGCUUGGAGUUCCACCAAAUGAUGUAACAACAUCACACAAUCCAUAUCUUAGCUUUGGAAAUAUAGUGCCGGGUCUGAAUUUACAUGUUGGAAAUGCUAAUAAGCAUACUCUUGCACAACAGCAGAGUGCAGUUAUGGAAUCCAUGUUGAAUCCCGGCUAUUCCAGGGCAGCUACAUCGGAACAGCUACAGGCAUCUGCCUCUCAGUGCGCAUUUGACUGCUAUACUGCAUAUACACCCAACUAUGGCGAAUAUACACAGGAUACCAUGCAGCAGUGGUACCAGAACUCUGUUCCAUCUCACAGCUCCUCUGAGGUAUUUGUUCCAGAGUGUGGAAAAGAACAAUGUGAGCAGGAUCUCCUGUCUUCAGCACUUGCCCCAGGAGAUGGCAUCCUAGGUCCGGUACCAUUGGGGAACAUGAUGACAAAUAUCAAGUCUCCAGUGACUGGCCAGAAACGUGCGUCUACCUACCUCCUCCCUUCCCCAGAAGUGAGUCCAGAUGGCAGCUACGUUGGGCAACAUUCACAAGGCCUGGGUGGUCAUUAUGCCGAUUCCUAUUACAAGAAGAAGAGAAUAUUUUGACUUGCGUUCACCAUUACUUAUGCUACUUUUUCUUUUGCUUAAUGCUGGAACAUUCUUUUAAAUUCGAAAAUUCCCUAUGUCAGUUCAUUUUUGUUUUGAAAAUUAGAUUUUAAAUUUAAAUUUUAAACAGGUUUCUUUAAAUUUUAUUUGUUGCAAUGGAAUUUUAAAAAACAUUUGACUUCCUCUGCACUGCAUUCUUGAAGCAGAUUGAGAAUGGAUUAGCAUGCAUUUUGUUUCAUGCCUGAUGCAACUGUCCUGUCUUAAUUAUUUGAAUCUAGCUGCAUAAUCUGGUUUCAAAUUUAAGGUUAUUGCAGGCUGGAGCGGCUUUAACAUACCUCGACUGAACUUGAUACAUUUAAUUGAAUUUGAAGUACUUCAGAAUCAUAUUUGAAUGUUUCACUGUGCAAUGUAUUAAGGAUUUUGGUUGGGGAAGAUAAAUGGGCUAUGAAAAGAUAAAUGUGAACCCCUUUCUCGCACCCCAAACAAUUCCACCCCAUCCCUUUUACAAUCAUUUCACACUUUCAUUUAGUUGUUGAAUUGCACUACUUUUUUUUUAAAAGUUCACAAAUGUGCAGUAUUUUUAAAUGUACAUGAAAAUAAGCUUUAACCAUGAAUGAGUCACUCUCUCACUGCACUAACUUGUAUAUUUGAUGUAGUAGGCAUUGUUAUAUUACACUAUGCAGUACAUACUGUGUUCACUGACCAAAGCAAAACUUUACAUUUUUUGUGUUAGAAAUUAUCACUGAAAAUGCAGAAGUAUAUUAAUUUCUUCAUGAGAUGCAAUUUUUUUUCUCUUGUGUUUUAAAGGUGUUUGCUGGGUCCAUGGUUUUAUUUUGAUGGGUUAAUUAUUCUGAGGGAAUUUUCAAUUCUGAAAUGUAUAUUAGUGUAUUGGGUAUUGGUUGGUAAACUGGAAUUGGUUGAGGACCAUAUAAGAAGGUUGCUAUUUUGACCAGGAAAAAAUAUUAGGAGUAAUUUCACUGCAGUUGAAUCAUAAAUGGUGUCCCCCCCCUCCCCCCCCCUCUUGUUUUUGAAUAGUAAAACCAAGUACAAGUCUUAAAUAAUUUUUCUGUUUUUCUUUGUCCCUUUUUUUUGGUAAAUGAAUUAAAAGUUCAAAAACCUUUUUAUCUUUUUGGCUCUCUGGAUUCCCAUGGCAUUCUCUGAAUAUUGUGAUUUUGUAACAUGAACGAGGCACUGCAUGUACCUCUGAAGCCAUGAUGAUCAGUUCAGCUCAGUUUUAUUUUUGCAAAGGGCAUUUAAUGGAAAACUGAAAUUGCUAUGUUAAAGUCAACUUAUUCUGGAAAUAAAACCGUCUAAUACAGGUCA